AUGUCGUCGUUUAUCCAAUCGUUCAUCGAUCCAAAGAAGAACUUCCUCGCUCGUAUGCAUAUGAAAGCAAUAUCGACUCGACUUCGAAGAUACGGUCUCAGGUACGAUGAUCUGUACGAUCAGUAUUACGAGAUGGACAUUAAAGAGGCUAUGAACAGAUUGCCCAGGGAAGUCGUUGACGCUCGUAACCAGCGUCUCAAGCGUGCCAUGGAUCUCUCCAUGAAGCACGAGUACCUUCCCAAGGAUCUUCAGGCGGUGCAGACCCCAUUCCGUGGCUAUCUUCAGGAGAUGCUGGCUCUUGUUCAGAGGGAAAGAAAAGAACGAGAAGCCUUGGGAGCUCUACCACUAUAUCAGCGCACGCUCCCUUAA